GGCGAAUUAGGUGCACCUCCACUCUUCCUACUGGUAGACCCAACCCAAGAGUGAGUCUGUGUGUGUGCUCUGUGUCUGUGACUUUGUGUUGUGUCUAUGCAGAGGGAAAAUAAGAAAUCAUGGAAAGAGAAGAUGAUAUUGUUUGCUUAGAUCAAUCUUUCUUCAUCAACGACGAGUAUGUCUCUUUAUCUCUCUCUCGAUCGAACGUAUUCACUGUCAAAACUUGUACUACAACCAAAGGGUUCUGUUAUGUGCAGCUACCAGCUUACCACAUUUACAUUUGGUUCUCAAGUUCUUGAGCUCUUUUGUCUUCAAUCGGCUUCAACUGAUUUUGAUUUGACAGGGCAGUUGGUGUGGCCUGGGGCAACGCUCUUGAAUGAUUACUUGUCAAGGAAUGCUGAAAUGCUCCAAGGAUGUUCGGUUAUUGAACUAGGUUCUGGUGUUGGUGUUACUGGAAUACUCUGCAGCAGAUUUUGUGCCGAAGUUGUGUUGACGGACCAUAACGAGGAGGUUCUCAAGAUUCUGAAGAAAAAUAUCGGGUUCCAUACAUCUUCAGGAAAUGCUAUUUCUUGUGCAGGAUUAACAGCAGAGAAGCUGGAAUGGGGAAAUUCUGAUCAGCUCAAUCAUAUUUUACAAGCACAUCGAGGAGGAUUUGAUCUAGUUCUUGGAGCUGACAUUUAUAUCCAAAUCAGUUUUCUUUUCACCUUUAAAGCUUCAAAUGGUUAUAUGCGAAGUUCCAGUAUUCCUUUGCUCUUUGAUACUGUGGAACAACUUCUCCGUGUUCGCUGUGAAGGAAAAUGCAGAUUCAUACUGGCCUAUGUAUCCCGAGCCAAAAUCAUGGAUACCAUGGUUAUUAGCGAAGCUGUCCGACAUGGGCUGCUUAUAAAUGAAGUCACUGGGACUCGAUCAAUGGUUAAAAAUCUUGAAGGAGUUAUAUUCGAGAUCACCCUACAAUGA